AUGGCAUUUAAGCUUGAUGAUCUCUCCACUAUUGAUUCCUCAAAAGGGUCUUGGAACAUUGUCGUUAAGGUCAUUCGUUUGUGGAUUAGUCCCAGUUUUGGUGGUGGGAAGCUCCCAUUUUCAAUGGAAAUGGUCCUCAUGGAUGCUAAGGGUUCUAAGUUUCAUGUGUCUGUUAAGAAGACGCUGGUGUAUAAGUUCCAACCUCUUUUAACUGAGGGUCGGGUCUAUAAUAUCUCAUAUUUUGGUGUCGGCGAGAAUAGUGGUGAUUUUAAAACAACUUCCCAUCCAUUCAAAUUGAAUUUUCAUAUGCAUACCUCUGUGAGACUGGAAACCAAAACAGUGAUUACAAAGAGUCCCUACUCUUUCACUCCUUUAUCUGACAUUAUGUUCAAAGAUCCUGAUUCCUCCUUUUUAGUUGAUGUGAUUGGAAUUUUAACAGGCUCAACUGCAGAGCAAGAGUUUGAAAAGAACGGUAAAAUUGAAAAGAGAGUCACUAUUGAGCUAGAUCAGGAAGGGGUUAGGAUGGAAUGUUGUUUUUUUAGGAAAUAUGUUCCUCAAAUCAUGGGCCAAUUAGCAUCUGGAGACAUGACCAAUAUGGUUGUUUUGGUCAAUUUUGCAAAGAUUAAGCCGUUCAGAGGGAGUCCAAGUAUUCAGAAUGUCUAUGGUGCUACUCAAAUAUUAUUCAAUCCAGAUAUUGAGGAAUUUGCUCCUCUUCGUGAAAGGUUUUUUGCUAUGAAUGAUCCUUCUCUACAAGUUCUUAGCCAACUUCAGGAUUCUGCAAAAUUGGUUCCUAGUGGUAUCCGGCUUGCAAAUGUAACAGGAAGGUUUAUCUUGCUGAUGAUAUGUAAAACGAUGAAGUUCUCUACCGCUGAGUUGUUGAACGCCUUUGUUCUUAACAGCUCCAAAGCCUCCCCCUCUGCCCGUGCUGGGGAGAAAAGACAGAGCUCGCCGGCGGACAAAGGUGCCCUAAAGAAGAAUAAGGCGAGUGAGGCGAACCCCUCCGUUAUCUCCCCUGUUUUUGGUGAAGAGGGCAUCAUUCCCGCCCCUUGUACCUCUUCAGAUGCGAGCAAGUCUCCUGCAGCUGAUCACCAGGGCGAGGCGAACGCCUCUGCUACAGCUCAUACCUCGCCGUCUGGCAACUGCCCAAACUCUCCCACCAAUGUUUUACUAACCCCUCCUUCUCCAAAGAAUGUCAAUGAGGAGGAGGAACUCUCGCCCGAUCGCCCGAAGGGCCCCUCCAGCGACUCCAACUCCGAUCCAUUUUCCUUCCUUCUUUCUCAUCCAUAUCUUGAGAAAUUGAGGGAAAUUCCCAGCCAGAAUCCGUAA